CACACACACUGUCUGCUGCAUGUCCUCAACUCACGGAGCCGGACGGGAGACGCACCGUGCACUUUUGGUCCGUGAUGCUCUCUGCCGGCUGACAGUCUAGCUCCAACAUGUCGUCCUCGGACUCGGAUAACUCCAUUGACUGGCUUGCCAGCGAUGAGGACGACUACGACAGCCCGAAGAGAUUAAGUCCUCAGCAGGCGGAGGAGUCGCCGCAACCACCCUCAUCAUCAUCCUCAUCAUCACCCUCGUCAUCCUCAUCGUCCUCGUCUGUGAGGGAAUCUCCUACGAGCCGGAGGUGGAAGAGGAGCGGCUGCUGUGACUGUAAAGACGGAGGUCGCUGUGGGGGCGAUGCUGACUCUGCAGCCGCCGCGCAGACCUCGCCGGUCAGUCCGGUUCAGGGAUUUACUUCCGUUUGUGAGCAGCUUCCUGUGGAGUCGAAGCGUCACUCAGAGAGAAAGAGACUCUGCGAAAAGACUCCAGCGGACACUGAACACGAGCUGCUCUCGCAGAAG